CACCCUGCUUAACUCGACACUCUACUCCUCUUCCGGAUAGUACCACCGUCUGGGAAGAAAAAUGUUGCGGAGACUGGUUCUGCGACAAGCUCUCUCCACGUCUCGUCGUUACCUCUCUGAAAGGUCAUCUCGGCCUCCUUUGUUAUCCAAAUGCGCAUCUUUUACUUCACAGUCGCAGGACCAAAGCACUACUUUCAUCGAACACUCAGAGAACGACCGGGACUCACCGCCGGCGCCCGUCAACAUGUCCAUCGACCGCUCCGGUCUCUACAAUCCUACGGAGCAUUCUCAUGAGCCCACUUCGGACUCUGAGCUCAUCAAGCAUCUAAAGAGCAUCAUCAAGUUCCGUGGUGGACCAAUUUCAGUUGCAGAGUAUAUGGAAGAAGUUUUGACUAACCCUAAAGCUGGGUUCUAUAUUAACAGGGAUGUGUUUGGUGCAGAAGGUGAUUUCAUAACCUCUCCUGAAGUAAGCCAAAUGUUUGGAGAGAUGAUCGGUGUUUGGACUAUGUGUUUGUGGGAGCAAAUGGGUCAGCCAAACAAAGUGAAUCUGGUUGAGCUGGGGCCAGGACGAGGAACACUCAUGGCUGAUCUUCUCCGUGGUGCAUCAAAGUUUAAGAACUUCACAGACGCACUGAACAUACGCAUGGUAGAAUGUAGUCCGACACUACAGAAGCUGCAAUACAGCAACUUGAAGUGCAUGGAUGAAGAUAGUACCAGUGAAAAUGGUAUAAAAAGGACGAUUAGCAUGUUAGCGGGAGCACCAAUAUCAUGGCAUGCUUCGCUAGAUCAGGUUCCAUCAGGAUGCCCAACAAUCAUCCUUGCGCAUGAGUUUUAUGAUGCUCUACCAGUUCAUCAAUUUCAGAGGGCUUCUCAUGGCUGGUGUGAGAAAAUGAUUGAUGUGACUGAUGAUUCAUCGUUUCGAUUUGUUCUAUCUCCACGGCCUACCCCCGCGUCACUCUAUCUGAUGAAGCGCUGCAAGUGGGCUUCGUCUGAAGAAAUAGAAAAGCUUAAUCACAUUGAGGUUUGCCCUACCGCUAUGGAUUUGACUCAUGCAAUUGCCAAAAGAAUAAGUUCUGAUGGAGGCGGUGCUCUUAUAAUUGACUAUGGCCUAAAUGGAGUAGUUUCAGAUAGUUUGCAGGCGAUCCGGAAACACAAGUUUGUCGACAUACUUGAUGAUCCUGGAACUGCUGAUCUCAGCGCAUAUGUUGAUUUUGCUUCCAUCAGGCAGUCUGCUGAGGAAGCUUCAGAAAAUGUCUCUGUUCAUGGUCCAAUCACUCAGUCUCAGUUUCUUGGUUCACUUGGAAUAAAUUUCCGAGUUGAAGCAUUGCUUCAGAACUGCACAGAAGAACAAGCUGAUUCUCUUAGGACAGGGUAUUGGCGUCUGGUAGGAGAAGGUGAAGCUCCUUUCUGGGAGGGGCCUGAUGAGCAGGUACCCAUCGGGAUGGGUACCAGAUAUUUGGCAAUGAGUAUUGUGAACAAAAGGCAAGGUGUUCCAGCUCCAUUUGAAUGAACUAUUUUUUAAUGUAACAUUUUGUAAGAAUUGCUUAUUUAAGAACAUAGUUGCAGUUGAUGAUGUGAUCAAAUAAGUUUUGUAUUUCUUUUGUAUGACUUUAUUAAAUUUUACUGAAAAUACAAUAAAGAAUCUGGUUAAUGCCCUUUUCUUUCA